GAAGUGGCUUGGGGCAAGAUGCAUGUUGGCCGGCGGUGUGCCUCACGUCUGGAAGUUUAGGGGCUGGAGGUUCCUGGGCCGGCUACUGCUUUCGCAUCUUUCUUCUUGCAGCCGUUCCUUUGGGUCUGGCCACCGUUUGUAGCAUCCCUUCCCCACCGCGGGCCGCCCCUGGAACUCACGGAGAGAAAGCAGAAGGAAUUCCCAGAUGGAAUUGGCAUGGCAGAAGGCUAAGAAGGCAAGGAGUUAUUUCUGGAGAGGAUCACUUAAAUGACAUCCAUGUCAUGAAGUACCCUUAAAGAAGAGGCCCUCAGAAGGUUCUUCUCUUAAGAAGAUAAAGAAGGUAGUAGAAACGAGUCUCCUGAGCUUUUCUGGCCCUAAAUGGCAGCAGAAUCAAGAAAGUCUUUAGCUCCAUCCCCACCAGAUCAGGUUCCUGAAGAGGACCUUGUAAUUGUCAAGGUAGAGGAAGAUCAUGGUUGGGACCAGGAAUCAAGUCUACAUGAAAAUAACCCUCCUGGCCAAGAGCUGUUCCGCCUACGCUUCAGGAAAUUAUGCUACCAAGAGACACUAGGACCCCGAGAAGCUCUAAUCCAACUCCGCGCACUUUGCCAUCAGUGGCUGAGGCCAGAUUUGAACACCAAGGAGCAGAUCCUGGAGCUGCUGGUGCUGGAGCAGUUCUUGACCAUCCUGCCUGAGGAGCUCCAGACUCUGGUGAAGGAACAUCAGCUAGAGAAUGGAGAGGAAGUGGUGACCCUACUGGAGGAUUUGGAAAGGCAAAUUGAUAUAUUGGGACGGCCGGUCCCAGCUCGUGCACAUGGACAUAGGGUACUCUGGGAGGAGGUGAUGCAUUCAGAAUCUGCACCGGAGCCUCCAGAUACUCAGCUCCAACCUGUGGCAAUGCAACACAAAUCUCCAGUGCUCCAAGGGCCACACAAUAGAGCCAUAUCAGUUUCACAGAGUCCUACCCCUUCCCAGAAAGGAAGUCCUCGAGACCAGGAGAUGACAGCUACACUGCUUACAGCAGGGUUCCAGACUUUAGAGAAGAUCGAAGACAUGGCUGUGUCCCUAAUUCGAGAGGAAUGGCUUCUUGAUUCAUCCCAGAAGGAUCUGAGUAGAGAUAACAGGCCAGAGAAUUAUAGAAACAUGUUCUCCCUGGGUGGUGAGACCAGGAAUGAGAACAGGGAAUUAACUUCAAAACAGGUAAUAUCUACUGGAAUCCAACCACAUGGAGAGACAGCUGCCAAAUGCAACGGGGAUGUUAUCGGGGGUCUUGAGCCUGGAGAAGCCCGAGACCUUCUGGGCUCAUUAGAGAGGCAGCGGGGAAAUCCCACCCAAGAGAGACGACAUAAAUGUGAUGAAUGUGGGAAGAGCUUUGCUCAGAGUUCAGGCCUUGUUCGUCACUGGAGAAUCCACACUGGGGAGAAACCCUAUCAGUGUAAUGUGUGUGGUAAAGCCUUCAGUUACAGGUCAGCCCUUCUUUCCCACCAGGAUAUCCACAACAAAGUAAAACGCUACCACUGUAAGGAGUGUGGUAAAGCCUUCAGUCAAAACACAGGCCUGAUCCUGCACCAGAGAAUCCAUACUGGGGAGAAGCCAUAUCAGUGCAAUCAGUGUGGGAAAGCUUUCAGUCAGAGUGCAGGCCUUAUUCUGCACCAGAGAAUCCACAGUGGGGAGAGACCCUAUGAAUGUAAUGAGUGUGGGAAAGCUUUCAGUCAUAGCUCACACCUCAUUGGACAUCAGAGAAUCCACACUGGGGAGAAGCCCUAUGAGUGUGAUGAGUGUGGGAAAACUUUCAGGCGGAGCUCACAUCUUAUUGGCCAUCAGAGAAGCCACACUGGGGAGAAACCCUACAAAUGCAAUGAGUGUGGGAGGGCCUUCAGUCAAAAGUCAGGCCUUAUUGAACAUCAGAGAAUCCACACUGGAGAAAGACCCUAUAAAUGUAAAGAAUGUGGGAAAGCUUUCAAUGGGAACACUGGCCUCAUUCAGCAUCUGAGAAUUCACACAGGGGAGAAACCCUAUCAAUGUAAUGAGUGUGGGAAAGCCUUUAUUCAGAGGUCAAGUCUCAUUCGACAUCAAAGAAUCCACAGUGGAGAAAAAUCUGAAUCCACAGGAGUUUAGGGAAAAACUUCAGUCGUAGAUUGGGUGUUAAUUCAACAUUAGAGGAACCAUGUGCUGGUGAGAGGUCUUUCACUGUUUUUU